UUUUUAUUCGGUCAGUUGUUUAAAUUGUUGUAAAACCUCCAAAUCCCCUUGUUAUCAACAGCCCAGCUCAGGUCUUACAAACUCAGGGCUGAUUUUUUGACUGUAGCCUCCAUUCUGAUUAAUGACUGAGCCAAGCCCUUGACUGUUCAAACAGUAUUCUUCAGUCUCCUUGGAUUUCACAUUAAAGAGAACAGAGAACGCAAACAGGUUGAAACAAAUGGAUGCGAUUCUGAACUGCAGGCUGGAGGAGAUGGAAGAUUACUACGGCUUGCUAGGCUGUGAUGAGUUGUCUACAGUCGAACAAAUUAUUUCAGAAUUUAAGGUGAGAGCACGUGAGUGUCAUCCCGACAAGCAUCCUGCAAACCCGCAAUCUGUGGAAAAAUUUCAGAAGUUACAGCAAGCCAAAGAGAUUCUUACCAACGAAGACAGCCGAGCCCGAUAUGAUUACUGGCGGAGAAGUAAAAUCACAAUCCCAUUCCAGCAGUGGGAGGCACUGAGCAACUCUAUCAAAACAUCAAUGCACUGGGCUGUCCAAGGUAAAAAAGAGCCAAUGCUGGAAGCUCCUGAUUUACAUCUUAAUGAUAAGAAGGCUGAUGAUAGCUUCCGGAAGAAAAAACACAGUCCUGGUGAAUUGUUAGACAGAAAGGGGCUAGAAGAUAUUGCUCCCUCUGAUGAAAUCUCACUUUCACCAAAGAGCCCUGAUUCCCCAGGAUUUUCGGAUCUAAACUGUUGGCACCUACGUUUCCGCUGGUCUGGUGACACACCCUCUGAACUCCUGCGCAAAUUCAGAAACUAUGAAAUAUGAAGCAGAUGACCAGAUAUGUGUAGAUGGCCAAAUAAGUGUUGAAGCUUAUGUUCACCAUUUCAGUAUUUUUGUAUAUGUAUAUGCCUAUGAAUAUUAUUUUUUUCACUAUAUAUUUUUGUAAUAGGUGCCUUGUCACACAUUGCUGUAUGAAAGACUGGCUGUUUUCAAUUGUGGACUUUGCCUUUAUCUGCUGUGUUUAUUCAUUAUUGGCACAUAUAAUUUGGGGAUUAUCCCCCUUUAGCACCUUCUUCCUGAGGCUCACUGUAUAUGUGGUUUGUUCUCCCAAGUUCAGAAAAGUACUCAUACAGCAAUCUUUUUAUCUUGCUAUAUCCCUUCCUAUGGCCUUUGGCUCUUCAGUUCUGUCAUCCUCCUUCGCCCAAACACUCUUGAAUCGCUUGUCAUGUUUUUCCUUGCUGUUCCAGACAAAUGCUGGAGAAUCUUUCCAGUUUAGCUGUUCCAAGAUACUUUUAUUUUUCUCUCCUCUGCCCUUUACAAUCUGCGUUUGACUUGGCCCUUCAAGACUUAAAGCUAUCAGACUUGCUAAUUAGGUCUGUAUUUAUUUUCCAGUGACCAUUCAAAAACAAAACAAAACAAAAACAACACUCAAAUAUAGAUGAGAAAAUUAUGUGCCACGACAGACAUCUUUCACCACUUGAGGGAAUAGCUUUUCUAAAAAUGUGCCAUUUUAAAAAAAAUAUGGUUUUUUGUUCUUGUUUCUCCAUGUAAUUGCAUGUUGUAUAGUCUUCUGUGCUUUAUGUUCAUUCUACUGUAUUGUAUAUACUAUACUAUACUAUACUAUACAUUAUACUAGCCAGUGUGGUGUAGUGGUCUCAGUGUUGAAUGUUGAGAGAGCAGGGUUUGACUCCCUGCUUGGCCAUGGAAAUGCACUGUAUAACCUUGGUUGCGUCACAUAUUCUCGGCCCCAGAAAAUCCUAAUAGGUUUGUCUUAGGGUUGCUACAAGUCAGAAAUGACUUGAAGGCACACAACAACAACUAAAUCCUGUACUUUAUACAAUACUGUGCUACUGAAACUAUUGAAGCAGCAGCAUUGUUGCAGAGUUAGCACUAUGUUUUCCCACCUAGUUUCCUGCUAUGCCGAGGAGUUUAGGAAUCCACCAAACAAUGCUGUCUCUAAGCAGGGGUCAGCCUUGCUUAGUACUUGGAUAGGGGACUGCUAAUAAAUACCAAGUGCUGUAGGCUAUAUUUCAGAGGAAGGAACUAGCAAAAUCAUCUCUGGGUAUUCCUUGUCUAAGAAAACUAUAUGAAAUUCAUGGGGUCACCAGAAACCAAUGUGACAUGAAAUCACAUAUACAAAACUUAUAACCAUAGCUGUAUUGUACAAAAAUGUAGUCUUGUCUUUUUCAUCUAUUUUAUUGGUUUCUUUUGCUUUAAUAAAGUCAGUUAUUUUUGCCUUA